AUGGAUCAGGAUUUUCAAAUCCCUAUUAUUAACGAAGUAGUGUUGCCUUCUAAACGAGCUCAAGCUUCUGGAAGUACUUUUGAAGCCUCUGAGUUAGUAAUUUCCAAUGGCAAAAGCAAGAUGACUGGGACUAAAUUUGUGGAUGUCGUUUUGCUUCAUAAUAGAGUUUUUGCUUUGGAACAAAGUUCUGCUGAAAAGGAUUUGAUUAUUGGAAAGCAGGACAUUCAAAUCAGUGAGCUUGAAAAGGAGAGCUCCGUUAAAGAUUUUCAACCUUUAAGCACUGAAGGAGAAAAGAUUUAUGCUUUUAGCUCAGGUGAUGUCAAUCCAACUUCUCAGCCCACAAGUGAAAGAGUUGUAAGACAUGCUAUAGAUGCUAAUCUUGAUUCAUUCAUAUCGUUUGGUCCUACUUCUACUCAAGAAAGAAGAGAGAAGCAAAUCAGGGUCGAACAACUAAAAGGGAAGAUGUUCGUGAUGAAGCAUUCUGACCAAAAUGCUCCAGGUGAUCACCCUGAGAUGUUUUUUAGGGAAUCUGGAAGGAAAUUCACAAAUAAAUAUGGGGAUUGCUCUAUCAUUAAGAUGUGGGGAUAUGUUGCUGACAAGAAAAUGUGGAUUGUGAAGCGGAGUAGCGGACAAAUUUAA